AUGAACCGAUGCACUCGUGAAAGCGAAGACAAAUCUACGGCUUCAACACAAUGGCAUUUGUCACUAGAUGACCUGUACCUUGACAACGACAAUCUCAUUCCACUUCGCGCUGCCAAUCCAUCCAACAAACUGGUCCAAAUAAGAGGUCAACCGGGAACACAUGACAUGAAUCUUGCUCGCUCUUUCUUUGAAAGCUUACGCACUGGCUCAUAG